CAGAGACCUAUGGACCUAGAAUCCAGGACCAAUGGAACAGCUGUUACUGAGUUUAUCCUGCUUGGCUUAGUGGAGACACAAGUGCUACAACCAGUUGUCUUUGUAGUCUUCUUUUUUGCCUACCUGGUCACAGUUGGAGGCAACCUCAGCAUCUUGGCUGCCAUCUUCAUAGAGCCUAAACUCCACACUCCCAUGUACUUCUUCCUGGGAAACCUAUCAGUGCUGGAUGUUGGGUGCAUCACCGUCACUGUUCCCUCAAUGUUGGCUCGUCUCCUGUCCAACAAGCAUACAAUUCCCUAUGGAGCCUGCCUCACACAGCUUUUCUUCUUUCAUCAGUUGGCUGGUGUGGACUGCUUCUUACUGACAGCCAUGGCCUAUGACCGAUUCCUGGCUAUCUGCCAGCCCCUAACCUACAGCACCAGAAUGAGCCAGACAGUCCAGAGGAUAUUGGUAGCUGUGUCCUGGGCUUUAGCUUUCACCAAUGCACUGACCCACACAGUAGCCAUAGCCACACUCAACUUCUGUGGUCCCAAUGUGAUCAAUCACUUCUAUUGUGACCUCCCACAGCUCUUUCAGCUCUCCUGCUCCAGCACUCAGCUAAACGAGCUGCUGCUCUUCAGUCUGGGCAUCCUCAUGGCAGGUGCACCUGUGAUUCUCAUUGUCACCUCCUACAUCCAUGUGGCAGCUGCAGUCCUACGAAUCCGCUCUGCUGAGGGCAGAAAGAAAGCUUUCUCUACAUGUGGCUCCCACCUCACUGUGGUGGGCAUAUUCUAUGGGACAGGUGUCUUCAGCUACAUGAGGCUGGGCUCAGUGGAGGCUUCAGACAAGGACAAAGGGAUCGGCAUCCUCAACACUGUCAUUAGCCCCAUGCUGAACCCACUCAUUUACAGCCUCCGGAACCCUGAUGUGCAGGGGGCUCUGCGGCAGGUGCUCACAGGGAAAAGAGCCCUUGUAUGA